AUGGAUCACCGAAACAGCACCCCGCGCCCGCGCCCGUCGCUCAAAUUCGCGAACCGGAGCUACCAAGCUUCGCCUCUGAACCCCAACAAGCGACUGGGCACUCCCCAGACUGCUCCGUCCCAGAGAGUCCUAAACCGCGAUCCCGCGCCCUCGAGCAACCUCAACACGAGCACCAUUUCCACCGCCCACAACCUCUUCCGCUCUUCCUCCAUUAGUGCGAGCCCGGCCGUUUCCCCCUUUGCGCCAAGCCUGUCUGCGAGCACUGCCAAGAAGGUAUUUGCUCCGGGUGCGACCCCGGCCUCGCAGAAGGUGUAUCGGGAGACCAUUGCUCAGGCGACCCCGCGAGGCAUGACUGCCAAAUCCACGUCCGUCGACCUUUUCCAGAUGCGCAUUCCCUCUCCGCCGCCUGAACUUUCUGGCGAAGCACUUGCGCGAGACAUCCCCCCCGAGCUCGAAGCCAAGGGCACCGUAUACGCCGAUCAGUACCUUGGCCAUCUUGUCCCUCCCGAGUACGACGACCUGCAGCGCCGUCAGCUCUUCUGCGUCCUGGACCUUCGCCGCCUCAAAUAUGCCGCCAAUGAGAUCUUCAAUAAGAAGGACUGGAAGCUCAACAUCAUGAACUUCGCCAAGGAGUUUGAAAAGAGUCGGAGCUUGAUUAUGCUUAGAUACGGCCUGUACGAGUUCAAGAACGUCAAGCCUUCGGAGGAGGUGUUGAAGAAGUGGAGAGCCGCUCACAAUCUGCCCGAGCCUGAGGAUGACGCCGCCGACUCCAGUCCUUCAAGGCAGACCACGCGUUCCAAGCGCAAGGCCGAGGAGCAACUGACUCCCAAGGACGCUGCGCUUUCGACGGCCUCUCCUAACAAGAACAACAAGAGACGUGCUGUGGACAGGGAGGAGGAGCAAGAGCCAGCUACUCCGGCUGCGAUCAAGAACAAGAGAAGGGCAACCGUGACCGAUGAGUCGGACGAGAACCAGCCCAGCAAAUCACAGAAGUCGACUUCCACUCCGUCGGCAACCAAGAGCAUGUUCGAAAGGGUUGCCAACAACCAGGGACCCACCUCGACCCCCAAGGCAACCCCCAAGGCUGCAGAGGCAAAGCCCAACCCCUUCGCUGGCGCAUCGAAAGCCACUGCUAACAACAACCUUUCUCGCUCCGUGCUCGAGGCCAACAUCAAGCCCGCCCAACCGUCCAACAUCUUUGGUUACCUCUCCGAUGCCAGCUCUGCGAAGAACAGCGGUGUGGAGGCUGACGGUGAGAGUGAGACCGACUCUGACGAUGAGGCGGGCACGCAGGAAGCUGGCCAGCAGAGCUACGAGCCCAGUGUUGCCGCUAGUGGUGGCGCCGAUACACCUUUGGCCCAGCCGGCUUCGAACCCUUUUGGUGUCAAGAAGCCCCUUUUCUCCACUGGCGCCGCGACUGGUCCCUCUAGCAUUUCGUCUGAUGCCAGAGAAAGCACGCCUGGCAAGAGCCUUUUCGACCGUGUUAACAAGGGCAACGAUGGCAACCCCAUCCGCGCGGACUCAGCUGAGCCCACGCCGGCGGCCGAUAAGGCGCCGUUUGCCUCGACCAAGGAGCCCGCCCCGGCUCCCGUCAACGCGACCUGGAACCCCAACUCUCCGAUCAAAUUCAACACCAAUGCUCCGGCCAGCAACGGUCUCUUCGGCGCGUCUACGAACGGCUCCGGCUCCGGCUCCGGCUCCGGUUCUAUCUUUGGUGCUAAGCCGGUCGCACCCGCCUCUUCCAACUUGUUUGGUGCUCCCAAGCAGGACGACAAGCCCAAGGCCGAGAAGCGCUCCCGCUCUGAGGAAGAUACGGGGGCAGAGUCUGACAAGGAAAAUAGCUCGCAACCUCCUGCCAAGUCGCUCUUCGGCGGAUUUUCUUCGUCUGGGUUCCAGCCCAAGGCCUCGGAGGAGCCCAAGAAGGAUGAGGCCGUUGUCAAGCCGGCGGCUGCGCCGACUUUCGCGUUCGGUGCUUCCGCUCCCAAGGCGGAAGAGACCAAGACACCGGCCCCGGCUUCAAACCUCUUCGGUGCCCAGGACAAGCCUGCGGGCUCUGUGAUGCAGUCUUCGACUCUUUUCGGCGGCAACCCCCAAGAGGCGCCUGCCACUGAAUCUGCCAAGCCUCUGUUCGGUGCCAGCACUUCGGGCAGCUCUACUUCUUUCCAGUCGAAGCCUCUAUUCGGCAACAACGCGCAGGCGUCGGCCACUUCUAGCCUGUUCGGCGCUAAGCCAACCGAGGCUCCCAAGGCACCCGAAGCCGCUCCUGCCCCCGCGGCGCCCAUCUUCAGUUUUGGUGCCAGCAAGCCGGCGGAGUCUGCCCCGGCUGCCAACUCUCCUUUCGGCGGCGCCCCCAUGAAGCAGGAUGGUCCUUCCGCACCGUCGGGCAGCAGCAUGUUCAACUUUGGAGGAAGCCAGACCGCGCCCUCAUCCAACCCAUUUGGAGGUGCUGCACCUGCUGCUCAGACAAACGGAGGAGCCAGCGGCCCUCCAAGCUUUGGCUCUGGCGGCGGUGGAUCCUUUACAUUCAGCGCUGGCGGCGGCGGCGGCCAGAGUUUCAACAACCCCUUCGCAUCCAACAAUGGCGGUGCGACUGACGCUACUCCAGCCCCCUCAUCUGGAGGCAUGUUCAACUUCGGCGGUGGAUCUUCUGCUCCUUCAAACAGCUCUGCGCCAUUCCAGUUCGGCGGUGCUUCUUCUUCUGCUGCGCCGUCGAGCAACUCCCCCUUCCAAUUUGGAGGCGGUGCUCCGGCCCAGCCUGCGGCUCCCGUGACGUCGACUCCUACUUUCGCCUUUGGCGCCUCGAAUGGAUCCGCCAAUGCCUCGGCGCCCGCUUCUCAAAAGCCGCUUUUCGGAGCAUCGACUUCGGCACCCACCAGCAGCCUCUUUGGUUCUAAGCCCGUACAGCAUACCUCCGGUAUGUUCGGCAACCUGCAGGCCCCGGCCGGCGCCUCGACCACUGGAACGAACUCGCCCUUCAACUUUGGUGGCGCAUCCAGCCUAGCUACCACCCCUGCCAAUGGAACCCCCGAGCCGGCUGCAGAGGCUGACAAGGCCGCUGGCGGUGGUGAAGGUGACGAUGCCGACGGCAAGCCUCACGAGCAGCUCAAGCUUACCGAGGGUGGCCCCGGUGAGGAGGAUGAGAUUGUAGUUCACGACGUCCGCGCCAAGAUUAUGAAGUUCAUCCUUCCCGGGUCCGAAGAAGACAAGGACAGCGGCGACGAUCAGCCUAAGAACAAGAGUCCGUGGUCCACAAAGGGUGUCGGCCCGUUCCGUCUCUUGAAGCACAAGAACACGGGCGCCGUUCGCAUGCUUCUGCGCGCGGAACCCCGCGGCCACGUUGUGCUGAACCGCUCCCUCUUGCCCGGCGAGACCUACAAGGCGGACAAGAAGUAUGUCAAGCUUACCACCUCCAACGAGGCCGGUAACGGUCUUGAAACGUGGAUGGUGCAGGUCAAGAACGAGGACAUGGCCAAGACCCUGGCCGGCGCUCUUGAGUCUCACAAGUCGGCCAACGCCAAAUGA